CCAAAAACAAUAACCCUAGCUGCAACAUUAACCCUUAUCAGUUAUCAUCCUCUGCGGCAGCUGCUUUCCUUCUCGCUCUCUAAUAUUUCUUGAUCGAGUAAAAAUGAAGGUGAUCGCCGCCUACUUACUGGCUGUAUUGGGAGGGAACCCUAGCCCUUCCGCCAAUAAUUUGAAGGAUAUUCUCGGAUCAGUUGGAGCUGAGGCCGAUGAUGACAGGAUAGAGUUGCUUUUGUCCGAAGUCAAGGGCAAAGACAUCACCGAGCUAAUUGCAUCUGGAAGGGAAAAGUUGGCUUCAGUUCCUUCUGGUGGUGGUGCUGUUGCCGUUUCUGCUCCUGCAGCUGGUGGAGGUGGCGCUGGUGCUGCACCUGCUGCUGAGAUCAAGAAAGAGGAGAAGGUCGAGGAGAAGGAAGAGUCCGAUGAUGAUAUGGGUUUCAGCCUCUUCGACUAAGCGAGUAGUGCAAAUAUCAAAGAUUCUUACAUGCAGUUGGUGCUUUUCUUUGAGUGUUAUAAGGUUUUAUAUGUUCUUUACUCUGUAGUUGAACAUGGUUUCUACUUCUUCUUGAAACUUUAAGUUCUGUUUGGAAAAUGUAGUUAAAAAUAUUAACAAUUUGAGUUAUAAUUGUGAAUUUUUGGUUUGA